AUGGACAUCCAUGGGCAUAUGCAGAAGCAGCCUCCUCGGACUAAGGACCAAGAGUUAUGGGCAAUUUGUGAGCUGUCCGAUGUGGAGAAACUGCUCAAAAGCCUGGAAGAGAUUUCAUAUUCAAGGAGACGGGGCGCAGCAGCGGCUCCCCCGCGGGCACAAGACCGGGCGGCGUCCCCACGCGGCCUGGGGAACCGCGCGCUGUCCUCGCCGGGGAGGAACCCAGCCCAGUCCUACCCUCGGGCCCCAAGUAAUCGUGUGUGCGCCACGGACAGACCGACGGACGGCCCGCUGUCGGGGUCCCCGCCCGCCAAGGCCGUCCGACCCGCCCACCUCGCGCGCUCACCCACGCACCCGGCCCCUCCGCACCUGCCCCCCGCGGCACCUCGGCCCCCCCACCGGCCCCGACCCCCGCUCGGCUUCCCGCACCCCCCGCAACCCCCUAGCGCCCCGUACGCAUCCCCGCACACCCCCACACCCCCGCCCCUGUCCCCGCACACCCCUGCACCCGUCCCCGCACAGCCCCACACCCCUGCACCCGUCCCCGCACAGCCCCACACACCUGCACCCAUCCCCGCACACCCCUGCACCCGUCCCCGUACACCCCCGCGCCCCCUAAUACGGCGUUCAGGUCCUUAG